AUGUGCAGUCGGUGGGAGCAGCGUCUCUUCACCAAAGAAGUAGCUGAUGCUCUCCUGAUAGCUAAAGAUGCAGUUGAGUGCCCGGAAGCUGAACUUACACCCAUCUCCAAGCAUUUCAAUCUUGGUGGAUUAGACUAUGCUAUGUGCUUUAUCACUAGACAUAAAGGCAGUCAUCAGCAAGAGGAAUUGAAUAGGCACUGCUUUGGCUCUACCAGUGCCCGACUAGAGAACUGUCCUAGAAUGAACUCGCAUGAUAUCUCCGUCCUCACCCACUUUGGUCUCCCAUGCUCGUUUCUUCUCUACGCUUGUACGGACCGUUCUCUUGGGUGUCCACUGAAAACCUCUAUUCCCCCAAAAGAUACGGCAAAGGCAACAAAGCCCACAGAGUCACUUCUUCAAUUGCUUGAACUCCUUGUCUAUUCGGCUGCCACACAGGUACACCUGGAUCAGAUAUAUCCUUUUCUAAUUCAAGUCCCGAUUUAUCAACAGGGGCACUCUAUCGCCAUGUUUGCAUUGAGGGGUUGGUAUCGAUCUUGCCAUAUGUCCGGAAUCAUUAAUGGCAUGGGUAUAUCUUCCAGCUUUGGUGUGGGAGAGAUGAAAAGCUAUGACUGCCUUCAGAGUUCUCACGAAAGCACCGAAACACAUAGCGCUGACUCCCUCCACUCUGUGCACGCUCUUGCUUUCCUUCGAGAUACCAAAGAUGUUAUGCGUGGUCUGCCUAGAAGCUCAACCAUAGGGCCUGUUCCUCUGCUGUCGUGUUAUUAUACAGAUAUACUUGCUAGUGCCCCUAACUCUUUAUCUAGAACCCCCAGUCUCCCGUACAAUGGGCACCUAGUUCGACGAAUGGAUCUCUUGCAGAGGACACUAUCUUUUUCUGAUCUAAAAGACUUCGUCACCGACGCUCUAGGACGAAGCAAGUCUCAGCGACAUAUUGCAGCAAAGAAUUCUGCCAAGACAGCCCUUGUUUCUCUCUCGAAAUCGCUGAAGAUGAAUACGGACGAAAUUCUGUGGCCAUUGACAGAUAUCUUGCCGACUGACGUUAACAAGAACGUCUACCUUACUAACAUCUACCAAAACACCUAUAAGCAACCUUUUAAAUGCUACCUUAACGUGAUGCUCUCACGCAUCAUUCCAUUAGACUUUCCAUUGACAGCACACGUGCCGCGAAUGUACCUGAACAGCAUCGCCACAGGCAUCCCUAGCAACUUUGGAUCCGUGUGGAAGAUUUUUGCCAGAUGUCCUGCAGAGGCCUUCGUUCGAGGAAAGGCCAUUGAAUCAGUGGUUCUGCACUGCUAUGCAACCGAUUUUGAUCAAGAUUUCCUUACAACAUAUGCAAACAUUCUAUGCAGAGUACGCUCCAAUCUUGAAAGCGGGGUGUCUGUAUCUCUCCUUGGAAAAAAGACCCGCAGAGCUAACAUAGACACCUUUAGGAGGAAGCAUGUUAAUGACCCUGCCACCAAUUUCAAUAGUACCGACUGCAAAGGAUCUCUGUCAAAACAGACUGUGCUCUCCACCAAUGGCCAUAAGGAUCCAUACACCGUAUAUGUGAAAAAGCUAACUGAGUACAGACAGGCUCGUGCUCUGGAGCACAAACGUAAUACCAUAGUUAUAGGCGACUCCACUUUACCGGUUCUUCUUCCUGCUGGGAUACCGUUGCACAAUUCUCUGCACAUUUUAUCUCUUGCAAUACACUUUGGUCUAGCAGCUAUCGAGAGCUUCGGCGCUGCGAGUGCAGAUAUCGAUGAUGCACCUGUCUGGGCAUUUGCUCCCUUCUUUGCAGAGCUAUCUCAGACAGGCGAUCUCCAAAAGGCCGUGCCCGGGUGUGCAGCUGUGGCAAAUCUGUUGUCUGUAACGGAGAAGUAUCUGCAAUUUAGCUAUGGACAUACUGCACCGAGAAGCAUGGAGUCUGUAUCUGUAGAUUGUUCUGUCUAUAUAUCUCAUAAUACCACUCUGGCAGCUCUGGCUCUGGCAGAAGAACAGUCGGCUACACCGCAAGGAACAACCCAGACAGGGUCGGGCGAAAUAUUAGCGAGCCACAAAGUCCUAAAUACCAGCAUAGACUAUAUUCUUGGAUGUCACCAGGGAGCCAACACUACUGGGGAUAAUCACCACUGUGGACGCCGCCGCACACCCCUCAAAAAGCCUCCAUGCUACUCGUCUCCAUUGUCCCAGCAAUUCUACUCCCUACACAGCGAACUCUAUUGUCCUGAAAACUGUCUUCUUUGCAGAGUUGCCGGGGUGGCCUCUGGAAUUUCUGAGGCCCAGGGAGUUUUAGUACUAGUCAAGACGCUGAUUUCACGGCUCAUGGCCAUGUUUCACAGUGGAGACUCAAUACCCUAUGUUGGCUAUACAUUUGAGAUAACUCGGCACGCUACCAUAUACCAGGUACUGGCAAAGGCAAACCAAUGUCUUAGGCUCUAUCAGGCAUCUACUAGCAACAAUAGCAAUAGCAGCUCCAUGAGCUUUGAUGAUAGAGGAAAAGCAUUAACAAAGUUCGGGUUAAAUAAGGUCACAAUGAGCCUCCCUUCGCCAACGUUCCAUGAUCUUAAAAGCGAGCUCUCUAAGGAGCCACGGAAUACAAUGCUGUAUUCCUUAAUUUGUAAGAACUUUCUUUACUUUUUGCUGCAAGCAGGCGCUCAGCUAUUGGAGAGAACAAUUAGCGAGGAAGCAUUAGUCAAGGGGGUCUUGGAACACAUGCUGGCUCGUGGCGACUAUGCUGGAUAUGCACCAAAGAACCUUGUCAGUGCAUAUCCAUCCAUGUUCAAGGAGCCUUCUUACACAGACUAUCCUCCAAUACUCACCACUGAGGCGUUAGGCAUCAUUCCAAUAGGUAGAACAACAGGAAUCCUAACAUUUGUUCCGAAGACGAGCGCUGCCUUGACUGAGGAUGCCUCGUAUCUCUGCCUCAUUUACCCUUACCCCAAUAGCUUUGUGGAGCAAUGUGCACGGACCGUAAUCCGAGAGUUCGUGAAUCUGGAGAACGGACAAGAAAAAAGGACACUCUUAGAGAGAAUGCGGAUGUUACGUGAAACAGCACUGGAUCUAGACUUUUAUGACAUUGGCCUGCGUGCCUUAGAAAGCCUGUUUGUCUCUGAAAGCACCGAAUACAUUCUCUACACGCUUGCAUCCAUUCGGGCCAUCAAUUACGUGAUAGAGGUGUCUGAGGUUGGCUUCGAGGCUAUUAACGGAAUCCCUCUCUUCGACGCUUUACUCGAUUGCAGCCCUAGCUCUGAACAAGAGGACAGGGACACCAAGUAUAGCUGUCUAGCUUUUCCAGAGCUGCCUAGUGACAGAUUACUCCUCUUACCAUUUAGGGUCCAUAAAGGACAGCCUUCUUCAGAAGAGGACGUGUCGUUGAUUGCUAUGAAGAGGAGCAUAUCUCUCUUGAAGAAGAUGUGUGCUCCAUACUAUCGUAGGGAAUACAUUAUUGCGUGCUCCUCGCUUCUGAGUGAGAUCCUUGGGGUGCAACUGCCCUUGGCAUACACUAUGUGCCUUCAACCAGUGGCCCUGGAUCCCGGAGAGAGAGAUCUUGCAUUUAAAAGAAUAGAGAAGCGGCUACUGCCGUUGUUUUGGGAAGCAACCCUUAUAACGAGUUUUAUGACGGGCGAUGACACUCAACAUCAUCGCUGCUACAUGCAAUUUUUAAAGCCAGAGCUAAUUCAUCAUUCGUUUACACCGACCUUUCGGCAUUGUGUGGGAUUUACCCUGUCUAACUCUGUGUUUAAGAGUAAGAAGCAGGAACUUUAA